ACUGCACGGACCUUUCUCUUCGUAAUAUUUACAAAUUGUGCAAUAAAUAAUAUUAAAAGGUGUUUUAAUAACACAGCAUUUAAUAAAUACGGUGCAUUUCAGUUUAUAAACCAUGAAUUUAGCUCGAAGAAUAUACUCCAUUCGCUAUCCUUCGGUCAGACAAAACUUCGAUCGGAAACUUCGAUUAUCAGCUAUAAAUUACGAAAGUACUCAAGCUACGCAGCCUCAAAUAAAAGAAGAGAAGUUCGACUUCGAAGAUCUGAAGGUUCUCGAACGCGUCGAGCGCCGAAAGCCGAAAAUAAAACCAUUUAUGAAAGAUGUCUUCGUAUCUGUAUUCAACAAAGAAUUACUCGCCUUUCCCGAGAUCAUAAACAAGGAGGAGUCUGAAAACUUGGACCAGAGAGUCGCUGCUCUCGACCGCGUGUUUUCUGACCCAGAAAAAACAAAAGAAGAUCGCAAAACGGCUCUAAAACGUACUAUGAUGUAUGCAGCUCCAGUGAGUCUCACAAAUAACGGUCUAGCAAUGAAUAUAACGGAAAGUUUGAGGUAUUUAGAGGUGAUAUCGACAGAUCUGAGCCUGGGGCAGGAGAUAAGCGACCACUGGGUGGGUUUAGAGGCGUUACGUAGAGGUUUAGAGGUUGAUCAGUACCAGCAAAUUGUUGAUGACUUGAUAACUGGUGACAAACCUAUUUCGUUGUGUAUAAAAGAGAGAGUUUCUGAAAGGAUCACACAGCCUGACUUUAGGACUACAGCGGAAUUGGAUCCUCAGGGUAUAUGGCGGAUAACCGGUGAGAAGGUGUGUCAAAACGCAGACGGAUACUUGUUAGUGUUGUGUUCCAUUGAGGCAGGACGUCUGAAGGGGUUCCUCGUUCAUCCGGGCGUUGAAGGAGUGUCGCAUGACGGCAACUUUGUCAAUUUCUUGCGAGUGCCAGCGACCCCACUAAACGUGAUAUCGGAGGACGGUCUGGCCCAAACGCUCAGCGCUUCAAGACUGUACGCAGCUACGUUAUGCCGUGUGGCGCUGAGGAGAGCUGUGCAGGCCUGCAUGGACUAUAUCAAGCCUAGGUUCUAUUCAGGCAAGCCUCUAUCCGAGCUGUCAACAGUCAGAACAACGAUCGGAGACGCGUUACUGGACCUCUAUGCUAGCGAGAGCAGCGAAUACUUCACAGCAGGCCUGAUGGACGGGUACGAGGAUCCUGACGCUGAGCUGGAGAUGGCUAUGUGCAGGAUCUUCAUGACGAACCACGGCCUCUCAUCCAUGAUGCGUCUGCUAGCCAUCCCCACUCUAGAGAAAGAAGAGGAAUGCAAACAGAUCCUUAACGACAUGCGACAUCUGGUGGCUAGAGGAGACAGCUUGGACGGAGUCAGCAUGUAUGUCGCUUUAAACGGUAUCCACCACGCGGGCAAAAUGAUGUCAGAAGAGAUCAGGCAGGUCAGGAAUCCACUAUUUCAUCCCGCUUUUAUCUUCAAGAAGGUGAUCGCCAACAGGAAACAGGAGAAAGAUGACCCGAAACUGACCCUAUACCUCAUAGAACACCUCCAUCCGACUCUCAAGCAACCAGCCGAAGAUUUAGAGUACUCCGUAUUGAGGAUGAGAUACGCUUGCGAGACCAUGAUGAGCAGGCACGGAGUUGAAGUGGGGAAGGCUUUCACAGAGCUGAACAGGUUAGCUGAAGCGGCGACUGAGAUAUUGGCCAUGACAUCAGUGUUAGCAAGAGCGUCCAGGUAA